GCUUCUACACAGCAUUUGGCCCAAGGCUUUGCACCUAGAGGGUGUUAAACACAUUUGUUGAUUUGGUUUUGUUGGAUCCAAACCAGCAUGGUGACACAAGGCUGCUGGUAAGCAGGCUGCCUGCUCCACCCUUGUGCCCAGCACUCGUCCAUCUGGGCUCUGUCCUCAUUCAGGAUUUGGGUGACCACCCAGGGGCAUCGCACACCCACAUUACAGGCUGCACCGCAUCCCUUCGAUCUUCCGAUGUGGUCGUGCUAACCCCAGAAUCCCAGACUGUAAUCUUAUUUGGAAAUACAGAGGUCACAGAUGUGAUCAGUCAAGAUGAAGUCAUGCUGGCAUGGGAAGACCCUGAUCCAAUGACUGGGAUUCUUACAAAAAGGGGAAAUCUAGACACACACAGGAAGGGAGAAGACCAUAUGGGCAGAGAUGCGGUGAUACAUCUAUGAGCCGGAAGAAUACCAAGGACCACUACCAAAAGCCAGGAGAGGGGUCUGGAACAGAUUCUUCUUCUGAAGGAACCAACCCUGCAACACUUUGAUUUGGGCUUCUGGCCUUUAGAACCACAAGAAAAUCAGGUUUAAGUCCCCAGUCUGGUACUUGGUGACAGCAGCCCUAAUAAACGCAGCCAGCCAGCCUCUCGUGCUGCGGGGGCUGACCCUGAGCCCCCAGACCUGCUCCUGGGAGUGUGCUCAUGUCUACUGCUUUUCUCCAGUGAAGCCAGGCCACCUCCACAUACUGGUGGCCACAGUAGGACUGCUCGUGCUGGUCCAGCCGGCUGGGCAUCUCCUUAGCAUUCCGCUGGUUCUACUCCCAUAGGUGUCUAGGCCAAGCAGAGCUCACACCCCUCGGGGUGUAACGGCCUCUCCUGGGGGAGCAGAUGGCACGCUCUCUCAAGUGGGAGCACGGAUGUCCUUGGCACUGAGAGGCGGGAGCCUGGAAGCAGGAGAAGUGUGGGUGGUGGGGACAUGCGUUUGGAGGGAAACAGGGCAGCAUGGGCUGGGCAGCCGGAAACCAAGGUGUUUAUUGGGAUUCUGACCUGGGAAGUUUCUGAGGAGGAGAGAAGCAUGGUGCAAGCCUAAGGGGAGGUGACAAGUGACAGAGAGGGAUACGGGUCCUGUAUCCUGCUGGGAUACAGGGCUGGACCUGGUCUGGCAUAGUCAGGGCCCUGUGCCUCCUCCUUGGCUGGGGGGCAGCCCCCUUGUUCUCCAUGAGGUGGACGCAGCCACCCUCACCGGAUACCAUGACCUUUUUUCUGCGCCCCCAUGCCUUUGGCAGGUACCUGGGCCCUCUCCAUGACCUUGGUAGCUGCUUGCGUUCCUCAUAGGUCCUGUCCUUCUAGUGCCUUCUCUUGCCCUCUGUAAGGCACCUUCUGGGCCCAGCUGUGGGGCAGACAGCAGUGGCCAGGAAGGAUCUGACCCCUUUGGCCAGGGCACAGCAACAGGUGGGCUGAAAGAUGAACCACUGAACAUGAUCCCGCGCACAGGGCCGGCGCUGCUCCGUUUCAGCCCCUCCCGGCGGGAGCAUGACUGCGCAGCUUUAUAUAGCGCCAUGGUACUAUAUAAGACGGAGGCGCCGGGCGGCCCAGGAGCGCGGCGACGGCGGAGGAGGAGACUGCAUGCGCGGUGUGAUCCCAGCCGGACACGUCCCUUCCCCGAGCAGCAGGGUCCCCACACGGCGGGCCCGCCACAGCACCCAGGAUGCCCAGCAGGACCAGCCGCUAUGCCCGGUACAGCCCCCGGCAGCGGCGCAGGCGGCUGUUGGCCGACCGCAGCGUGCGCUUCCCUAACGACGUCCUGUUCUUGGACCACAUCCGCCAAGGGGACCUGGAGCAGGUGGGGCGCUUCAUCCGGGCUCGGAAGGUCGCCCUGGACACCAUCCACCCCUCAGGCCUUGCCGCCCUGCACGAGGCUGUGCUUUCCGGGAACCUGGAGUGUGUGAAGCUGCUGGUCAAGUACGGGGCUGACAUCCACCAGCGGGACGAGACCGGCUGGACGCCUCUGCACAUCGCUUGCAGCGACGGGUACCCGGACAUAGCCAGGUACCUCAUCUCGCUGGGGGCAGACAGAGACGCCGCCAACGACGACGGAGACCUGCCGUCGGACCUCAUCGACCCGGACUUCAAGGACCUGGUGGAGCUCUUCAAGGGGACCACGAUGGACUGAGCCCCCCCCCUCCCCGCCCCCCCUCCCCGCCCCCAGGGCUCGGGCCCUGCCUGGAGAAGUUGGGCGCCCACCCCCAAAGUGCUCGGAACUGCCCGCCGGUGGGACCCCGGUACCUGGGCACCCCCCCUUCUGGCCUGGCUUUUUCUGCAGGUGAAUUUUUUAUUGGGAUUUUUACUUUUUCAAUAAACGUCAUUCGCUAGCCCCUGGUGGUAGCC